AUGCGCUCCGCACUGGCCCUCUGGGCGCUGCUGCUGCUGCUGCUGCCUCCGCUGCCGUCGCUCUCCCAGGAGGCCAUCACUGGAUCUGCAACCACAGGCAAGCCAAGCCAGGUUCCAACCAUAGCCAACCAAAGCAUAACUGUGUCACCGGGGAAUCUGAGCACAUCGCCCAGCGUCCCAGGGGCGAAUUUAGCCCCUGUGACAGUAUCCAGCGGCGGAGAUAAGAAAGCAGAGACUACCACCAGUGCGGGGGGCCCAAAGCAAGAUGCAGGCCAGACUUCACCUACUCCAACGGCUACGACAAAGCCCAAGCCGGAAACCACAAGCGGCCAGAAUGAAAUGAAAACUACAGCUCAGGCGGGGGCCCCAAAUAGUGUUCCUACAAACAUCGCGACCACUAAGCAAGGACUUCAGCUGACCACUCAGCCUCCACAUGUGGUUAGCACCCCAACUACCACUCCUGCUGCUCCUCCCUUGACCACCUCAAGCACUCAACAGCCGACCCUGGGCCCUGGGACUCCGGGCCCCCCAGGAAGCUCUCCUGUGGGGACAACCAAGAUGACUACGGCUCCCAGGAGCCCAGGGACCGUGCCGACAGGGGAUGCAGGCACAUCUCAGGGGGCAUCUACCCUUCCAGCCCCACUGGUUACCUCACAAGGAAGACAACCCCUCUCCAGCAACGUGCCAGUCACCACGGGGGCCCUUUCCUCCGCUGCCGGGACCUCCCCUGGGGCCUCUACGUCUGAGCCCCCGCACCCAGCAGCACCUUCAUGGGGACCCUCGGCGGCCACGUCUCCUGUGGGACCCCCAGGCCCCAGCACUCCCCUGGCUCCAACUGCCCCCCAAGACCCCAACAUCCCUUCUUCCACCUCCGCUCCUGCGCAUGAGAGGGUGAUAUGUGAGUCUCCGGAAAGGCUGACUGAGAAGAUGCUCAUCCUGAACUUCACGAAAACCAGCCUCUGUGUGGGGGGCCCCAGGAACCCUCAGGAUGACAAGCUGGUCACACACCUGUGCCGAGUAGCGAAGGCCAACUUCAACCCAAGUCAAGAUUACUGCGACAUAGUCUUGGUGCCUGAUUCAGAAAGCCAGGCCGUGGCAAUCAAAAACAUCGUUACCCUGACUAACCACCUGCCCACGGAUCUCUUAGAGCCGCUGAAAGACAAAUGGGAUGACCUGAAGGAGAUGGGAGUCAGUAACAUGCAGUUCGGGGGCCAAGGACCACCGGAGGAGACCGAGGACCGGUUCAGCAUGCCCCUCAUCAUCACCAUCGUCUGCAUGGCGUCCUUCCUGCUCCUCGUGGCAGCCCUGUAUGGCUGCUGCCACCAGCGCCUCUCUAAGAGGAAGGACCAGCAACGGCUCACAGAGGAGCUGCAGACAGUGGAGAACGGUUACCAUGACAACCCAACACUGGAAGUGAUGGAGACCUCAUCGGAGAUGCAGGAGAAGAAGGUGGUCAACCUUAACGGGGAGCUGGGGGACAGCUGGAUCGUGCCCCUGGACAACCUGAUCAAGGAUGACCUGGACGAGGAGGAGGACACACACCUCUAA